GAAUGUCUCUAGGCAGAACUGCCCUGUAUGUAUGGAGGACAUCCACACGUCCAGAAUAGGGGCUCAUGUGCUCCCCUGCGGUCAUCUGCUACACAAAACAUGCUUUGAGGACAUGUUCAGAACUGGCGCUUACCGCUGUCCUCUGUGCAUGCAUUCGGCCUUCAACAUGAAGGAGUUCUGGGAAGAGAGAGAUAAGGAAAUUGCCCAGACUCCCAUGCCCACAGAGUACCAGGACACUACAGUCAAGAUCAUAUGCAAUGACUGCCAGGCUCGCUGCACUGUCUCCUUCCACGUGUUGGGCAUGAAAUGCAGCUCCUGUGGCUCUUACAACACUGCGCAAGACGGCGGGCUGAUCGCGGCCCCUCCUGUAGACGCACGACAGUCUGCAGAGCAGACACUUGAAGAAGAGCCCAACACAGAGCACCACGAGUGACGUUUAGGAUCAGAAAUCAUCUCUCAGUUAAGCUUUUAUAGAACUCUUAUAUAUAGAAUACAAGCUCUCCUCCCUUCCUGCUCCUCUCUCAAGUCUGUAGAACUGCUCUUAUUUUUCUUGCUUUAUUAAAAAGGAUAAGAACAUAUUUGAGGCUUCUUUAAUUGUACUAUUCCACAUGCAUUUUGUCAUAAAGAAUCAAUAAAGAAUUUUAAAGGUAAUCCUGUGCUGAGAGGAUAAACUUAAACGAAUCCUCAAUAUCUGUCAAGAACAUCUUUGGUUUAAAUUAAGGAAAUUAUCCUUAAUAUAAUGUAUCAACAUGUAUCGACAGUGGAUAUCAUUUACGAACGUUUGUUAAUUUUAAAAUUUAAUGCGAUUUAUUGAUUAAUGCUGGACAA